AUGGUAGUUCUUAGUACUGUGAACUUCUUAAAGAGGAUGUAUGUUUCAAAGAAAAAGAAGAAGAAAAAUAAGAGCAAGAAAAAGAAAGCACAGACAGAGCAAACUGAUACUCAAACUACAAGUGGGAAAUCUGAUCCCCAAUCUAAAAGUGGGACAACUAUUACACAAUCAAAAAGUAGGCAAACUGAUCCACCAUCCAUUCCACUUAUUGAUCUGUUUCCUCAUGGGGAGUAUCCUGAGGGUGAAAUUCAACAAUACAGAGACGACAACUUGUGGAGGACUACUUCCGAAGAGAAGAGGGAGGUAGAGCGCCUUGAAAAACCUUUAUAUAAUUCAGUUCGUCGAGCUGCAGAAGUUCAUCGCCAGGUACGGAAAUACAUGAGAAGGAUUUUAAAGCCUGGAAUGUUGAUGACUGAUUUGUGCGAGACUUUGGAGAACACUGUCCGUAAGUUAAUAUCCGAGAAUGGUCUAGAAGCCGGCAUUGCAUUCCCCACAGGAUGCUCUUUGAAUUGGGUUGCUGCUCAUUGGACCCCAAAUACAGGGGACAAGACUGUGCUUCAGUAUGAUGACGUGAUGAAGUUAGAUUUUGGAACUCAUGUUGAUGGUCAUAUAGUUGACUGUGCAUUUACAGUAGCAUUCAAUCCUAUGUUUAAUCCACUACUUGAAGCCUCACGUGAAGCAACAAAUGCUGGUAUCAAGGAGUCUGGAAUUGAUGUGCGUCUUUGUGAUGUUGGUGCUGCAAUCCAAGAAGUCAUGGAAUCAUAUGAGGUUGAAAUCAAGGGGAAGGUGUUUCAAGUUAAAAGUAUCCGGAACUUGAAUGGACAUAGCAUUGGACCUUACCAAAUCCAUGCUGGAAAAUCAGUUCCCAUUGUGAAAGGAGGGGAGCAGACAAAAAUGGAAGAGGGUGAAUUUUAUGCAAUUGAGACUUUUGGAUCAACAGGUAAGGGAUAUGUCAGAGAAGAUCUAGAAUGCAGCCACUACAUGAAAAAUUUUGAUGCCGGCCAUAUCCCACUUAGGCUGCCUAGGGCAAAGCAAUUGUUGGCAACAAUUAACAAGAACUUCUCCACAUUGGCCUUCUGCAGGCGAUAUUUAGACCGCCUAGGGGAGACCAAGUAUCUUAUGGCGCUUAAGAAUUUGUGUGAUGCUGGCAUUGUCCAGCCCUAUCCUCCUCUCUGUGAUAUAAAGGGGAGCUAUGUAUCUCAGUUUGAGCAUACAAUUUUACUCCGGCCAACCUGCAAAGAGGUCGUAUCAAGAGGUGAUGAUUACUGAUCAUGAAGAUCUAUUUGUCAUGCAUAUCUGUAUGGGGGCUGUACCGUGUUUCUUCAUCCCCCAUUUCUUAAUCUAUUUUUGUUUCUCAAUUCAGAAUUCUAAUGAAUUGAAUAUUUUGCUCUUU